AUGCCCCACCGCAAGCAGAUUGUGGGGAAGUAUGAGUUGGGGAAGGUCCUUGCCUCCGGCUACUUUGACUGCCGCACGCGUCUCUGCACGCACAUUGUGACAGGGGCGCAGUACGUGGUGCGCAUCUAUAACAAGAGUGUGUUGGCCGAGGCGCAGUGGAUGUGGGAACGCACCCGUGACGCCAUUCACGUCAUGCGCACGCUGCCCAAGCACGACAACCUCAUUGAGACCGUUGAGUGCUUCGAGACACAGACCUCGCUGUAUAUUCUCAUGCAGCUGUUCGCGCCGAUGCAGAUAACAAGGCUGUACACCACGGAAACGAGCACCGGGCAGCGGGUGCCGGUCCCGAUGCGGCAAACCAAGCACUAUUACGCUCAGGUUGUCCGCGGGCUACUUCAUAUGCAUAACCACAAUGUUGUGCAUCUGGGGCUUGCACCGGAUCACAUCAUGGUGAAUGAUCGAGAUCAAGUGAAGAUAGGUUACCUUGUCUCUUGCACCUACUUUCCAAAAGGGAAAAUGUGCCACGAUAUUCGAGGAACGACGCACACGGUGGCCCCGGAAGUGCUGCAGAGUGGAGGAUAUGACCCCUACCUUGCCGAUGCGUGGUCCAUGGGUGUCUUGCUUUACUUCAUGCUCAACCAGGGCCGUUACCCGCACGAUGGGGCCAACACAACAAAGAACAUUAUGUAUAACCGCAUUCGUCCUCCUGACCCCAACCUUCCCCCCGAAGCGAAGGACCUCCUUGCCCGACUCCUGCAUCCCACGCCCUCACGGCGCAUGCAUGUCCAGAACAUCCUGUCUCAUCCUUUCUUCGCCACGAAUCACGAAGACACGGACAAUGCGGAGGGACGUGGACCCGCGCACCCCGUGGUGACAUCGCCGGAGACACGUUACUCACCGGAUCUUGCCACUGGAGAAAGCACGGUAAACAUCCGCAUUCCAUACGGUCUCAGCCGACAGGAAGAGGCCGCGUACAUUAUUCAGCACACCUAUCGUGCCUACCGCGCACGCAAACAACAACAGCUUUACGCGGGAAAGCAACCUGCGGCUAAGACCACGGCGGAGAGAAGUCGGAAAAUGGGUCGUCGAUCGUCCACGCAGGGGAGCGUCUCAGGCCGGGUGUUGACAUCAUUUCAUGAUAUGGAUGAGGUGCGGGAGUUUGUGGGGUUGCGGACAGAGAGGCGAAAAGGUCGGGGAGCGGCAGCCCCUGUCCCACCCGACAUGCCACGGUUUGACGACGCAAUUGCGGCAACUGCAUCGGAAAGUGAUGUCUUGCGCGAGGAUGAUGAAUCCAUAGCAGUUCUCAGUGAGGGCCCAGAGGCGGCCUUUACGUCAGCCGCCCUAGCGCCAUCGGAACAGGCCGUAAAACCGCAAUACGCGACCGGUACCUCGCGCGUCCGUGGAAGCUCUUUGGGCGGCGGCACAUCCCUCAGAAGAGGGGACGUUGCACGUCCAACGAUGGCAUCGUUCGUUCCAGGUACGGAUCUCGAUGCAUGUGCGGAUGGUCAGGACUUGGAGGCCCUUGCUUCCCUUGUGUCAAACAUCGGGGUUGAUGCGACCCGCCCGUGCCCGGUGUGCCAUAGAAUGCCAAUGCAGCGACUGUGUGGACGUGCGCCUUACUCAAAUACACCGUUUGUGUACAAAAAAGGGGAAUACUCCCAGAGGGUUGAGGAAGUUUGA